GAGAGAGAGAGAGUAAGAGAGAGGGUGAGAGAGACAGAGAAGCAGAAACUCGGUCAGUCUCUUCCACAGCAACAUUCAUCGAGGCAGGUCUUGCCCUCUCACCACCCCAGGACUACGACCUCGAAGUCGGACAUGGACAAGGCGGACGGCCCCUCCAAGGCCAUGGUGUUGACCUUCAAAGAGGAUGUUUCACUGACGGAGGUGAUGCGUCUCCGUGUGGCCUCUCUGCAGCGGUCCGGUCAGAAGCGGCAGGACGGGGAGCGUCUGCUGCUGCCUCAUGAGGCCGUGUACCGGCUGGACUUCUCCGUCCAGGAGCUGGCCUUCUCCCGCUGGCACGUCACCCUCAACGGCUACGGUCGUGUCACCGUCACCGGCAUCUCGCAGCUCUGGACCCCCGACCUCACCAACCUGAUGACCCGCCAGCUCCUGGAACCCGUGGGGACCUUCUGGCGCAACGCCGGCGACCCGCAGGACUCGCCACUGAAGUGUCUGGAGGCGGACAUGCAGGAGUUUGGGGAGAGGAUCGCUGACCUGGCCAAGGUCAGGAAGGUCAUGUACUUCCUGUUUGCCUUCAAAGAAGGGGCGGAGCCAGCCAAUCUCAGCUGCUCAGUGGAGUUCACCCCAGAGCAGUGACUUUUCACUUUUCACAGGGGGAGUCCCGGUUCAGCCACAGAGAUUAGCGGUCACCAGAAAAACACUGCAGGCCAGGAUUAGGAAAUUUCAUUCAUAGUUUCUUCAGUUCUUCAAAUUAGUGAAAAACUAACACACUGCUGGUGUUGAAUGACAGCGUUCCACCUCAUUUAAGUCAGUUUCUCAAAGAGACAUAACCUGUAUAAUUUCCUCCCUCUAAAAUUCAGCCUUUCUCAUCUCCAACUCUUCAUUUUUUCAUUCACACAGCUGGAUAUUUAGACAUUCGGAGGCUCCAUUCUGUGUGGCUAGCAUUUAUUAAUUCACAAUUCAGAUUUUGCCUCAUCUAAACGCAAUCUUAUUAAAUUUAUUUACACAGCACUUUUAACAAACACACUAAUGCUUGAAUGAAUGUGCUUUGAGGAAAACAAAGGCCACAAAUUCAGGUAAAAAUAAGAAAUAAUGCAAAAAGGGAGAAGAGGAGACAAAAUAUAAAUGCACUGAAUACUGAAAACACAAAACAGGUUUCUUGGUGCUACGUUAAAGAACAGGAAAUGUGUAAAAAUGUUUAAUACAGGUUUAGGGACAAAUCUGUUUGAAAAAGUCUUUUCGCCAUCCAAGUCAAUACAAUUUGAUGAAAAUGAUAACAGUGAAAACUCAUAACUGACAACUGAGAGGGAAAAAAAACUUGAGAAUUUUUAGAAACAUCUUUUGAACAAUGUGGAAUUAACCUUUAAAUCAAAUAAGCUAUGAGGACGCAAAGUUGCCAAAUCCCACAUGAUUCCUUGUAUGCUUGUGAAUAAAAAUGCUUCUAUUGAUCGCUAAAUAUAAUGUUGGAUACAUGUAUGGAAACAGCUUGUUUUUUAAUACUUUAUACUGUAGCUGCAUUUGAGAUAUUCCAGGUUUGAGAACGUAGUGUUGUUGCUCUGUUAUUAGAGAUAGUUUCUGUGUUUAAAUCAGUGACAUCUAGACGCAAAACAACAUGAGGCAGUGGAUGGAUUAUCAAAUGUUCACGUUGCAUGACUGUCGCCUGACACAAAACAGAGAUCAAUAGAGAGACAUGUAUUAAACACUGAGUGAAACUGU